AUGCGUCCUGUGGAUCUCUAUUCUGUCUACAUCGGUAUUUGGGAUCAAGCUAUUUUAGUAGAAAGAGAGCGGGCUCUUCAGGAGAAGGCAAGGGCGUUGCGUGCCCCCGAUCCCGUUUCGUCCUCCCGAAGUCCCAAUGCCAAAGUCGAGCCUCCAUACAAAACUCGUUACACUACUCACAACUUUGCAUCCCCCUCGCGAGAAAUCCAACGGAACUCGGUGAGUCCCCAUCGAUUGGGCUAUUCACUGGAGUUGGUGAACCUGGGCAACCGUGUGUGGCCGGCAAGUGUCCAGUCUCAAUGUCGUCCGAAUCAUCAAACUGCAUCGCAUAACGUUUCAGCUCUUAGGCCGGGGUACAUCGCUGGCCAGCUUUCAGUGGCAUCAACGAAUUCUUCAACCAUUCUGGGUUCCCACUUGUCUUCUUUUCGUGAUGCUUCACACAGCAACGAUUAUAAGAAUGAAGCAAUUCAAGGGGAGGACUCAAGACCUAGAGUCAAUGGAUGUGACUCGAUUCAGUCUUAUUUGUCUCCCACUUGUGUGAAUGGACUGUGUGUAAACGGGGAUGCCUUGUAUUCCAAUCGCGAUUUCGGCAGCAGCCUUUUAGCCUCAUCUCCAAGCGUUAUUUGCUCACCAGCUCCGUAUGACUUAGCCACGAAACAAGACGCCCCUUCAAAGGCAAGUAAAUCUAGGAACGAGAUUGCCUACAAGGACCUUGUGACGAGUCUUGGUCGACAACCAAGAGGCAUUGACCGCACUAGACUAGAGGUAAGUACGGCCGCAAGGGACGGAAAGUACGAAUAA